AACAUUGAAUGUGCUAUCAUAAUAAACAUGCUCUGUUAUCAGGCAAAUUUUGACACAGAUAUUCCAAAUGUGUGCACAGUAUGUUGAUAUGAAAUGGCACGAAAAGUUGAAUUGGGAAGAAAAGAAUUUCUAUUUCCGUCAGAGGAUCUACAGCAGCUCGAAGACAGCAACCACCUCCUGGAAAACCCUGAGGGUCUCCGAAGGGAAAUCGACGAAAAAGGAUAUCUUUUUAUCCGCGGAUUUCAUGAUAGACAGGACGUUCUAAAAGCUCGAUUGUCAGUUCUGAAUUAUGUAAAUGAGAAGGCGGAGUUUAAGCUAAUUACCCCGCCCUCAGAGGGAGUGCUAGAUGAAAGGUGUGGCAGAGGGUGUAUUCCAGCCAUGGAGGGAAAGAAUGACAUCACACACUGUCCUGAAGUUCUCAAUGUCCUGGAAGGACACCGACCCAAACAGUUCUUUCAGCGUUUUCUGGGCACUGAAGCCAGAACCUUUGACUUUAAGUGGCUGAGGGGUAUCAAUCGGAGACAGUUUACUGGUGCUCAUGUAGAUAACGUAUACAUGGGGCGCGGAUCUAAGAAUUUGUACACGGUUUGGACACCUUUUGGGGAUACCACUGUAGAAAUGGGCACAUUGGCUGUAUGUGAGGGAUCCAAUUCUUUACCAGGUUUCAGAAAGCUCCAGACAACUUAUGGUGAAUUAGAUAUGGAAAAAGAAAAUGUAGAAGGCACUGGUUGGUUUACGGAGGACCCGUCAGAAAUCACCUCCAAAUUUGGCGGACAAUGGAAGACUUCGGACUUCCGGGCCGGGGACGUUCUCAUCUUUACAAUGAGAACGGUUCACAUGUCCACCUCAAACCUCACCGAUUUCGUUCGAAUCAGCUGCGACACAAGAUGGCAACCGGCAAAUGAAGUGGCGGAUCCUAGAUACGUUGGAAAUGUUGGGGCGGUGGCCCCGAAAUACGGACUGUUUGGAAAGGAACGCGAAAAAGUGUUCACAGUAGAGGAUCUUAAAAAACAAUGGGGGAUCUAAAAAUGUAUGUCCACUGUGGCGGAUCUUAAAAAAACAAUGGGGGCUCUAAAAGCUGUAAAACUGCGAAGAGAAUUUAGGAAUUGUGAAUCUAUUUUUGAUUAUAGAUGCUGGUCUUGUAGUACUGUUGCUAAAAAUUAUACUGAGAGGCAGAUCUACCUUCAUAAAUUCAAGUUUAUGGUAUUUUUAAAGUAUGAAUUUUGGGAACAUGUCUUUUAUCAGUCAUUAUAUGUUAAAAAAAACUUGUACAUGCAUUUGUCAACAAGUAAAAAGUCCAUUUUGCCAUAUAUAUUUUAAACCAAUCAAUAUAUGCUACAUUAA